AUGUCAGAGAACUCCAACCGUGGUCGUAUACCAACCAACCCCAACCCAACAAACACCCCAAAAGCCAACAAACCCCACCACGUACCCACAACCAAAGAACGAAUAUACAUAGCAAGCGUGAACUGGAACAACGAAGCUAUUCUCCGCAGCCACUGGAGCCGCGCCCUCCUAGAACUAUCUUCGGAACUCGGACCGGAGAAUAUAUUCAUCAGCGUCUACGAGAGCGGCAGCUACGAUAAUACAAAAGGAGCAUUGAGAGAGCUAGACUGGGAGCUUGAGCGGCUGCGCAUUCCUCGGAAUGUGACACUUUCGCCUGUUACGCAUGAGGAUGAGAUUGCGGCGCCUGCGCGGGGUGAGGGGUGGGUAAACACGGUUGGCGGUGGAAAGCAGCUUAGGCGGGUUCCUUAUUUGGCUCGUGUGAGGAAUUUGGGGCUGUUGCCUCUGUAUGAUCUUGCUAGGCAGGGGAUCACGUUCGAUAAGAUUUUGUUUUUGAAUGAUGUUGUUUUUACGCCAAGUGAUGUUUUUGAACUUCUCGAUACUAAUGGUGGAGAAUAUGGAGCGGCUUGCUCCUUGGAUUUCUCCAAGCCGCCGAGUUACUAUGACACGUUUGCGCUCCGCGAUAUCAAGGGCCAUGAGGCCGUCAUGCAGACUUGGCCUUUUUUCCGUACUGCGGAAUCGCGACAUGCAAUGAAAAGUUUGUCUCCGGUGCCGGUGGCUAGCUGCUGGAAUGGUAUGGUGGCAAUGCCCGCAAGUCCAUUCCUAGCCAAGUCACCACUACGGUUCCGAGGAAUCCCAGACUCACUAGCGGACUAUCAUCUCGAGGGCUCUGAAUGCUGUCUCAUCCAUGCAGAUAACCCUUUAUCCAAAGAAAAAGGGGUAUACCUCAACCCUCGGGUUCGGGUUGGUUAUAACGGUCAAGCAUACACGGCCGUGAAUCCAGUAACGAACUGGCUGACUGCAAAGAGAAUUUUGCAGGGGCUAUGGGUCAAUCGACUACGCCGCUGGAGUAUCGCUUCUUGGAUUAAAGAAGAAGUAGUACGACGGCAGGUGGAUAGUUGGAAAGCCCUCAGCCCUAAGAAUGAGGAACCGGGGCAGUUCUGUAUUAUCAAUGAGAUGCAAGUCCUGCAUCGAUAUGGGUGGGCCCAUGUAUGA